AUGAAGAAAUAUUUCAAAAUGGACAAAUAAGAGAAUUAAUUAAAAAACUUGAUAGAUGCUAAAGAAAUAUUAAUUAAGAAUUUUGAGUCAAGAUUAGAGAAAUUAGGAUUAAAUUACUACUUGAUGUAAUUUUUAUUCAAAUUUUAUAUUUUUUUUUAAUUGAGUCCGAAGGUUUCCUUUAUGAAAUUUGUACUGCCAUGUACUACUACUUGA